CUUGUUAUACUUUGGCAGCUUCUUCACGUCGGUCCUCUCCGCGCGCGGGUAGGAACCGUCCACGGCCUUAAAGAAGCCUCCUCACCAGCCAUACUUCCCAUUGCCUCCAGCUGUUGCACGGAGGUUUCACAUCAUAUUUCCAGAAGGCUCCUGGAAAGAGUGAAUAUGUGUCGCAUCCAGAGAGCUGAUGGGGAUUGUGACUUGGCUGCUGUCAUAGUUUCCCUCUUGUUGUCCAGGCUGGAGUGCAGUGACACGAUCUCAGCUCACUACAACCUCCGCCUACCUGGUUCAAACGAUUCUCCUACCUCAGCCUCCCAAGUGGCUGGGAUUACAGCCUUCAUGUCAAGCGCAGAAGAAUCUGUGUCAGCCCGCACAACCAUACUGUUAAGCAGUGGAUGAAAGUGCAAGCUGCCAAGAAAAAUGGUAAAGGAAAUGUUUGCCACAGGAAGAAACACCAUGGCAAGAGGAACAGUAACAGGGCACAUCAGGGGAAACACGAAACAUACGGCCAUAAAACUCCUUAUUAGAGAGUCUACAGAUGAAUCUACAGAGACAAUUCCUCAAGUGGACUUGGCCAUGAUUGGUUGUAAGUUUAUCAUCUGAAUUCUUCUUAUUGUAGACAACAGAACAAAACAAAACAUUGGUUUUUAAAAAAUGAACAAUUGUGUGUUAUGCAAAUGUAGCCAAUAAUAUGCUUAACUGGAAAAUGAAAUGAAAAGAUAAUACUGGCUGGGUAUGGUGGUUCACACCUUUUAUCCCAGCACUUCGGGAGGCUGAGGCAGGAGGACCACUUGAGACCAGGAGUUUGAGACCAGCCUGGGCAACAUAGCAAGACCUCAUUUCUACAAACAAAAAAAAAAUUAGCCCGGCAUGGUAGUACUUGCCUAUAAUCCCAGCCACAUGGGAGGCUGAGGUGGGAGGAUCACUUGAGUCUGGGAGAGUUUGAGGUUGCAGUGAGCAGCCUGGGUGACAGAAUGAGACCCUGUCUUUAAAAAUAAUAAUAAUAAUGAUAGUGUAUAUCUUCAUAUAAUAUUUUAAGAGGAGCAUAUAGAUAUAACUUCUCCCAACUUUUUAAUUAUAGUUUUCCAAACUUACAGAGAAGUUAAAAGAAUGGUACAAUGAACGUCUAUAUAUCUUUCACCAUAAUAUUAAUCAUUGUUAAUAUUGUGUCACAUUUGCUUUCUCUCUCCUCUCUUUGUAUGUGUUUCUGUAUAAAAUAUUAUAACUUUUAAAAUAUAUCUUGUUUUGCUAAACCAUUUGAAAAUAAGUUGCAAAAAUCAUGACACUUCACCCCUAGUUUCUUUUUGGUGUUAUAACUUGACAUACCCUAAAAUAAAGACAUUUUUCUACAUAA